GGAAAACAGGACUUCCCGUUCGCUCAGUCAAUACUUAAGCCACAUGCCGACGAGUCAGUAGCAAAGUUGGUGACAAUUUGCGAAUCCUCGUUGUUGAUUGUUGCUUUUUGCUUUUUGCCAUCUCGAAUGAAUCUUUUACCAUAUGGAACGAAUCCUUUUUGCCAUUCCAGUGUCCAGUCGAUUUUGCCAGGAUUGCUUGAGAGCCAGUCCUCAUGGAGUAAAUACUGGGAAUUCGGAGCAGGGCCGCUUUGACUAUGAUGGUUAUCAUACGGGUAUUGACCGCCGAGCCUGACUCCCGUAAGUACUCGAUCGUUGGCUCGCUGAAGACAACAAGUUCAUUGUUGAACAAGAAUGACACCUUUCUUUUGGGAAGACGGCAUUGCAUAGUAACCCAAACACUGGGUCCUAGUGGUAGGCCAGGAAGUCAUUCCCUGUUCUUCAGGUCCCUCUCCAUUCACUUGAGCCUCCAGGGCUUUAAGCCCCAGAGAGAAUGGACUUAUACGGCAGGAGUGUUUGACUUAGACCUCAAUUCACCUCUAGUGGGAACUUCGGCGAGAAUUCGACAAGCAGCCAUGAGUGGGGGAACCCAGAUCGAGCAUGCGCUCGCACUUCUUGACCUUGAGGAGCGCCAACUACUCAUCGAGCGAAAGAAAAUAGAACUGGACCGAAAGAGACUAGCGACGUCUCCAGGCCAUCACUACUCAGAACCCUGUCGAUCUCACCGUAGACAUCAUCAGUUGUGAAGUCAAGCAAAGACAUGGUCAGGUUGCGGACGAGGGAAAAAGUGCUGUAGCCGCCGCCGUCAAGCAAAACGAGAAGAAAGAAGCUACAUCCGCCGUCGCCGAGUCCGUAGUCGCAUCCGCGCCGAUUUAUGACUCCGCUCAGAAGCAGACCAGUAAGCACCAUCGAGUUACACCGUUGUUGACAGCUGUGAUUAGUAACAACCCAGCAGACUCGACCCUGACGCAAGCUUCUUGGGACACUGCUAGCUCUGGAACCGUUGGACCGCACGAUACCACGGCCCCCGCCGUACGACAGGCGGUUGCUGAAACGUUCAGCCAAACCCGUGAUAUUCUGGAUACUUCACCUCCGCCCGCAAGAACGAUCACUAGUCUUCCAGUCUCAGUUCGACCAACCUUGGGAAAGCGCCCGAGAACAAUUGACAGUUCAAGUUCGGAAGAGGACGAAGAAUAUACGCAUACCUACGCCCGUCGAACUCAAGCUGCGCCUGACAAGCGAGCACGGACGAACCAACCACGUCAUGUGUACAACUCAGCAACGAAAAGCUUCACGCUUGUCUAGCAGCACUUCGGCAGACAUCCUCACUUCGGAAGCGUCGGUCAACUGAGAAUGGUGGUACGAAAGCACGACUUGGGAUAUUCAACCAAGCUGGCAUGACCUUCGGAGAUCCGAACGCAAAGAAAGAUCGCGCAGAUUGGACUACUAAUUGAGUGGUGAGCAGCUAGAAUGCAGCAAGGCAUGCCUGCAUAAUCAACAGAAGGAAUCCGCAUGCUUUUUGCCUAUCAAGUAUAUACUCUCAUCGCUUCAUGGGGUAUCAUGUUGAAUCCACAGAAACCAUAUUUUGUCCAAAUCCAGCUUUUGUUGAAAAGCCACUGGUGACAAU